CCAUAGAGCGCGGGCUCCGCCAGGGAGCAGAGCGGCCCCGAGCCAUAGAGCGGAGCGGCGCUGGGCGGGCUAGAGGGGCUGCGGAUUAACCAUAGAGCGCGGGCUCCGCCAGGGAGCAGAGCGGCGCUGGGCGGGCUAGAGGGGCUGCCUCGGACUCCAGAGCUGAGCCGCCCCGGCGGGCUGAGGGGCCGCGCCCGCCGCUGGCCGCCUGGGAUCCGAGGAUGUUCAGUGAGGCUGAAAGCUGCUCUGGACCCACAGGCAGCCCCAGCCUGCCGUGCCAGGGAGUCUCCUAGCUGCUGCUCAGGGAGCUGGGGUGCUCUGCUUUCUGCUGUUCCCACGCUGCACUGUAACGCCCCGGUUCAGCCAUGCGACGGAGAGGCCGCUUCAAUGCACUCAAGAAACGCGCAGCACGGCGCCACUGCUACGACCUGCCCAAGGAGACCGCGAGAGCAGCCAAGGCUCUCGCAGCAGCUGCAGAGCAGCCCGUCAAAGAGGAGCCGUUGGAGGAGGCGUACGCCACGUGCUGGCUGCCUCUGCCCAGGGAGGCGAAGGUGGAGCAGGGCUGGGAGCGCACGAGGUGUGAGGAGAGCUUCCACCAGCAGGCCGAGCUGCUGGCCCCCAAGACGACCCACGAGCAGAAAGUGCUGCUGAUUUGCACGGAGUGCGGCCGGAGCUUCUCCUGCCCCAACAGCUUCAUGCUGCACCGGUGCCCGCACAGCGGGGAGACGCUGCAGAAGCCCUACGUCUGCCCGCACUGUGGCCGCACCUUCAGCUACAAGACCAGCCUGGGGGUGCACCUGCGUGCGCACACGGGCGAGCGCCCCUUCAUGUGCCCCUCCUGCGGGAAGAGCUUCAAGAGCAAGACCUACCUGGCGGUGCACCAGCGCGUGCACGCCCGCGUGCGGCCCUACGCCUGUGCCGAGUGCAGCAAGCGCUUCCUGCAGAAGCGAGACCUGAUGGUGCACCAGCGCGUGCACAGCAAGGAGAGCCCCUUCCCCUGCUCCGAGUGCGGCCGGCGCUUCCGCUACACGUCGAGCCUGGCCGUCCAUCAGCGCACGCACACCGGCGAGCGCCCCUUCCCCUGCUCCGAGUGCGGCCGGCAUUUUAAGUACAAGACCAACCUGCUGAUCCACCAGCGCAUGCACACCGGCGAGCGCCCCUACCCCUGCCCACAGUGCAGCAAGAGCUUCACCUGCAGCACCAACCUCAUCAUGCACCAGAUCACCCACGACAGGCAGGGCGCCCGGCAGCAGGAGGGGCCACGGGAGCUGCCGGCAGCCAGGCGGCGUGAGAGGGAGAGAGCCCACACGGCCGACCAGCCCUUCGUGUGUGCUGAGUGCGGCAAAGGAUUCAAGAAGCAUGGCUUCCUUAUCAUCCACCAGCGGACCCAUUGCCCAGCGCCUGCCGGAGCUAGCCCAGAGCAGGCAGCUGGGCCAGGGAAAGCCACGUGCCCCCCUCCACACCUACCCCUCACUCUCAACAGGGAGUAGCUUGGAGCACAAGGCACCGAGGGAGCAUCUGACCAAGGGACUUGCUAGCCACAAGUGAAAGGCCACAGGGGUGGGCUGGGCAUGCCUGCUGUGUGCUCUACUGCAGGCUGGUGUGGCUGGGCCCAGCCCCUCCCUGAGCCUCGGGCAUUGUGCCCCACGCUGACUUCAGUGUGCUCUGAAAUAAACCAUUCCCCACA